UUUUCAUUUUCAAGUAAAUCUCUAGUUUGCCGAGGGUCUUUAACAUAUAUGUUAAUGAGCCAUGUGGUCUACCCCCUAUUUUGAUUGUUCUGCCGCCUAAAAGCAUUAGCAAAUCGAAGUCACGCAAAUUGUUAGGGUGUGUGAACAUCUACCAGAGCAAAACUCAAUUGGAGGUUUAUGAUUUCCACAUCAUUAGGAGAAUAUUGGUUAGUCAUCUUACUAUUUAAACACAAGUAUACGGUUCUUGCUCUCCCCUCUUGUAGUGGUGUUGACCUUCCGAGUUAUCGAUUUUCAUACCCAGAACAACCACAAAGCAAUAUUUAUUGUUUGUUAGUCGCAUUUCGGUCUAAUGCGUUUAUGGAGGUAGUUAGAGAGAUGGAGAAGAAGUUAAUUAAAAGAAACAUUAGUAAACAAACUUGUACAAUUGACGACUUCAAUUUAAUAAAACAGAUUUUGAAUCAAUAUUUUAUAAGUGAAUAUAUGUGGAUAAAUAUAAAAUAAGUAAACAAAUAAAUAACAUAGAAUUCAAGAUGAUAAGAAAAGUAAUAAGAUACUCUAAAAGAAAAAUCAAAGGAAGGGGAAGACUGAAACUAAUGAGGAAAGGAAAAAAGGAAACAAAGACACCAUGCACGAAUGCCGUAGUUAAGUAUGAAUCAUGUUUAGAACACGCUAUUCUAGGAUAUAUAUAUAUAUACCCCAAAUGUACUAUGGUAACUACAAAAGGACUAACACUCAAAUCAACCAUGUCAGCACGUACUUAUAUGAAUGUGUUGUAUUGUAAUUAAAAUAAAAUACCCGAUGAUGUACAAAGCAUAAAUAUUCAGUGAAUCAAAUGACCGAUAUUUGGAUUAGCAUGCAAACAGAGAAUUAUUGAGAUAAAAAUCAAGAAUCUAAAUAAUAGUUAUAACAAUGGCGGUAACAACAACCAAACAUUGAAGAAAGUACAAAUGAUUUGGAAAAAUCAAAAGUAUGAAAUGUUAACAAAGUACAAAACAAGGAGAACAAUAAAGAGUAAAUUGAUGUCCUACACUCGGAAUAGGCUUUGUUUGAUGUCAUCUGUCUUGAGCUACUACAAUUAAGAUUAUCUUGUUGAUCCCAAUUUGGAAUUCAACACUUUUCCACAAUUUUUCGUUUGAGUACUCUUAGCCUUCUUUAAAUCUAUUCUUACAAUGGGACACAAGGUUAUCUAAGAAAUAAAACUACAUCUUAAUACCGCCUCUAUCAAUGAAACUUCACACCACACUUCAGAGUCUUUCAUUCGUUUCCGCGAGAAAUCAUUAGCUUCUACUUAUGUAAAGUUCUAUAAUGUAACCAAACAACCGUUCAGUGCUUCCUGGAUUUCAAUAGUUCUACAGACUAUUUACAUCCAUGAUGAAAAGCAACUUUGUACUAACCACAGUUCACACACACAUUAAACGUAAAAAGUUAAGUGAUCUAUAAAUUUUAUCUCACCAUCAAAAAUUAGAUUUAAGGAGUUUAUUGAGUUCUAAAUUGGGAUUUU